UAUAUAUACCCUCCUCAUUUCUCAUUUCUCAUCCAUCCAAACAACCACUAAUUGUUGAGUAAUAGAAAUCCAUACUGAGAAAUUAAAAUCAGUUAACAAGGCUAAAUUUUGUAUAUACUACACAAUUUGGUUGUUUUGAAAUUGUCUGCAACAAGUUUAGAAGAAAGAAUCAUGGUUUGUAUGGUUUCUCGCACCGGUAGGCAUUUGCAGAGAUAUAACAGUGGUCGCCGCCUCGUUGUGGGGUGUAUUCCAUAUAGAUAUAAGAAUAAGAAUGACGAAGGUGCAGUAAAUGAUCUUGACUUGGAAGUUCUUGUUAUCAGUUCACAGAAAGGUCAAGAAAUGAUGUUCCCCAAGGGAGGUUGGGAACUUGAUGAAUCUGCUGAAGAUGCAGCUAACCGCGAAUCGCUUGAAGAAGCCGGGGUUCGUGGCAAACUUGAGAGUGAAUUGGGGGAAUGGAAAUUCAAGAGCAGAAGCCUUGGGAUAUAUCACGAAGGGCACAUGUUCCCAUUGCUUGUUACCGAAGAACUUGAUCAAUGGCCGGAGAAAAAUGUCCGGGACAGAAAAUGGAUGAGCGUGACGAAAGCUAAAGAAGUCUGUAAGCAUGGGUGGAUGAAAGAAGCCUUAGACAUACUAGUAGAUCGGCUCAUGUAUCCGAAGCACCAACAACAACAAGUAGAUGAAGUCCCUCUUGUUUUCUAAGUUAGAAAAAAAUCUUCUUUUAAUUUUUUUUUUUUUUUUUUUU